AUGGUCCCGGACUUCAUGAACUGGGUCGGCGUCGACGUUGACGUUGGGUGUGGGGGUUUUCUAGGACCGACGCCAUUGGAGAAUUUGGACGGAUUGGAGUACGGUUACCGAAAGCCGUUUUGGAUUGGGAUGCGGUUUGGGCUGGAUACUUUCAUAGUUUCAUUGCUUGAAAAAUCGGCUCUUGAAAUGCAGUGUUUGCCAAGCCUUCGUCUCGACAAUGUCAUGGAUAUCGAUGCGACUUCAUCUGGUCUCGCCCGACUAAGUAUCCAAACUUUCAAGAUGGCGCCGGGCCCGGAUUUCAGAGAUCUAAAUAUAAAUUAUGGAUACUACCGACGUUGUGUGCCGGUGCAGAGGAUGCAAUAG